GCUGCGGGGUGCUGGCCCAGCGGCCACGGAGCCUAGGCUGAGGGUGCGAGGGGUACUCGCUGAGUGAGGGCCGCGCGUCGGUGCCCUGCGAUGGAGCGGGCGAAGAUGGCGGAGGAGAGCCUGGAGACGGCAGCGGAGCACGAGCGGAUCCUGAGGGAGAUCGAGAGCACAGACACGGCCUGUAUCGGGCCCACUCUCAGGUCUGUCUAUGAUGGUGAGGAACAUGGACGAUUCAUGGAGAAGCUGGAAACUCGCAUCCGCAAUCAUGACCGAGAAAUUGAGAAAAUGUGCAACUUUCACUACCAGGGCUUUGUGGACUCUAUUACCGAACUGCUGAAAGUACGAGGGGAAGCCCAGAAACUCAAAAACCAAGUGACGGAUACUAAUAGAAAACUGCAACAUGAGGGCAAGGAACUGGUAAUAGCGAUGGAAGAGCUGAAGCAGUGUCGACUACAGCAGAGGAACAUUUCUGCCACUGUUGAUAAGCUAAUGCUGUGUCUUCCAGUCCUAGAGAUGUACAGCAAACUGAGGGACCAGAUGAAAACCAAAAGGCACUAUCCUGCACUGAAGACUCUGGAGCAUCUGGAACACACUUAUCUGCCUCAAGUGAGCCACUACCGAUUCUGCAAGGUGAUGGUGGACAACAUCCCCAAGCUUCGGGAGGAGAUAAAGGAUGUUUCUAUGUCUGAUCUCAAAGACUUUCUGGAGAGCAUCCGCAAGCAUUCAGACAAAAUAGGAGAGACCGCCAUGAAGCAAGCCCAACAGCAAAGAAACCUGGAUAACAUUGUCUUGCAACAGCCUAGAAUAGGUAGCAAGAGAAAAUCUAAGAAAGAUGUUUAUACAAUCUUUGAUGCAGAGAUGGAGAGCACAAGCCCAAAGUCUGAACAAGACUCAGGAAUUCUGGAUGUUGAAGAUGAGGAAGAUGACGAAGAGGUACCUGGGGCUCAAGACUUGGUGGAUUUCUCUCCUGUAUAUCGGUGUCUGCACAUAUAUUCUGUUCUGGGUGCCCGAGAAACGUUUGAAAAUUAUUACCGAAAACAGAGACGAAAACAGGCUCGUCUGGUGCUCCAGCCUCCAUCAAACAUGCAUGAAACUUUAGAUGGCUACAGGAAGUAUUUCAAUCAAAUUGUAGGCUUUUUUGUGGUUGAAGAUCACAUUUUGCAUACAACCCAGGGCUUAGUGAAUAGAGCCUACAUUGACGAACUGUGGGAAAUGGCACUUUCAAAGACCAUCGCAGCAUUGCGCACCCACUCGUCCUACUGUUCGGAUCCAAACCUUGUGUUAGAUUUGAAGAACCUCAUUGUACUCUUUGCUGACACACUUCAGGUGUAUGGUUUUCCUGUGAAUCAACUUUUUGAUAUGCUUUUAGAAAUCAGAGACCAGUAUAGCGAGACUCUGUUGAAGAAGUGGGCAGGGGUUUUCAGAAACAUACUUGAUUCUGACAACUACAGUCCCAUACCAGUAACGAGUGAAGAGACAUAUAAAAAGGUUGUAGGACAGUUCCCAUUUCAAGAUACAGAACUGGAAAAGCAGCCAUUUCCCAAAAAGUUUCCUUUCUCUGAAUUUGUGCCAAAAGUUUACAACCAGAUUAAAGAAUUUAUCUACGCCUGCCUGAAGUUUUCAGAAGAUCUUCAUCUAAGCUCCACUGAAGUUGAUGACAUGAUCCGUAAAUCUACAAACCUGUUGCUGACCAGGACUCUGAGCAACUCUCUGCAGAAUGUUAUUAAGAGAAAGAACAUUGGCCUCACUGAGCUUGUCCAGAUUAUCAUCAAUACAACACACUUGGAGAAGUCCUGUAAAUACCUAGAGGAAUUCAUCACCAAUAUCACUAAUGUACUUCCAGAGACAGUCCACACCACCAAGCUCUAUGGUACCACAACGUUCAAGGAUGCUAGACAUGCAGCUGAAGAAGAGAUAUAUACAAACUUAAAUCAGAAGAUUGACCAGUUUCUGCAGCUGGCUGACUACGACUGGAUGACAGGAGACUUGGACACCAAAGCUAGUGACUACCUAGUGGAUCUCAUUGCCUUCCUUCGGAGCACAUUUGCUGUAUUCACACACCUUCCUGGAAAGGUGGCCCAGACAGCCUGUAUGUCAGCUUGCAAGCAUUUAGCCACAUCCUUGAUGCAACUGUUGUUGGAAGCAGAAGUAAGGCAGCUUACUUUGGGAGCAUUGCAGCAAUUCAACCUGGAUGUCAGAGAAUGUGAACAGUUUGCCAGAUCCGGCCCGGUGCCUGGGUUCCAGGAGGACACGCUGCAGUUGGCCUUCAUCGACUUGAGACAACUAUUGGACCUCUUCAUUCAAUGGGAUUGGUCCACAUACCUUGCUGACUAUGGACAGCCCAACUGCAAGUACCUCCGGGUGAACCCUGUGACUGCUCUGACUUUGCUUGAAAAGAUGAAAGAUACUAGCCGCAAGAAUAACAUGUUUGCACAGUUCCGGAAAAAUGAGCGAGACAAGCAGAAAUUGAUUGACACUGUGGCCAAGCAGCUCCGAGGACUCAUCAGCAGCCACCACUCCUGAAUGUUGGCCUUGGGCCCACAGAGGCCAUUUGCUGUAGCCCAUGGUCCAGGAUCUGCCUGGGCUGGCCCUGCAUUUGUGCAUUCUUCCUCAAAGAGAGCCUAUGUAUUUUUUUAUUAACCCCUGUACAGUAUUCACAUAACCUUUCCCUGUAGUAAGAGAGGCAUAGAAUAAUCAAGAACAGGAGGGGUUCAGGGGAAGUUACUGCCAUACUUUCUGUGUUAUCCUGGGAAGGAUGCAUUGUCAGUGCUAACAUGAUAAGCUGCCUCUUAUCCGGGGCCCCACAAAUUCAUGGGUGCCUGGUGCUGGGAGUUGAGAUGAGGAAGUAAAAGAAUAAUAAUGCGUGUCCUGUUUGCUCUCAAGUGCUCGCUUAAGUGUAUAGGAGAGCCUGGCAGACAUACCGACAUAGUACACCAAAGCCAGCCUCAGUUUAGAAUAUCCAUCUGCCUCAUUGGCUGACUUAUUGCCUCAUAAGAGUGUGGCAUGUGGCAAGAUGACAGUUUCACUCUGGUCCCCAUAGGUGACAGUUUCAUUAGUGUAGUCUAACUGGGCCUUGUGGCUGGAGAGGGGUGGUUAGCUGAGUAAACACUUGGGUCCAUGCUGAAAAGCAAGUUGCCCCACUGGGUAAGUUGUUUUUCUGGAUCUUGAAAGCCAAUUUGGGUCCCCAAGGACCCCAGCCCCUUUCUAUUCAUCUCUGUCCCUUCUUUCAUGACCAAAACACUUGGUUCAUAAUAUAGAUUAGCAGUGACUUCUGAA